AUGGAUGUCCCAGGUUACGCUUUAAUCACAGGAGGUGCUUCAGGCAUCGGCCGAGCAUGCGCCAGAGCCUUCGCCCGAGAUGGCAGCGCCGGUAUUGCACUCAUUGACCUCAACCUCGAAUCCCUACAGAUCGUCAAGUCUGAGAUUGAAAAAGAACAAUUAUCACCUAAGGAGGAUUUCAAGAUUGAGAUUUACUCUGCCGACGUCACGGACGAGAACCGCAUCAACGAGAUUGUCGCAGACGUUGCACAGAAGUAUGGUCGCAUCGACUAUGUGGUCAAUGCAGCUGGAAUUGCCAUGAAGCAUCAGGGCGGUGCAGCAUUUGCCCAUACAGCCGAUUGGAACCGUGUUGUCAGCAUCAAUCUUACCGGCACGUUCUUUGUGCUUAGAGCUACAGCACAAGUGAUGUUGAAGCAAGAGCCCAUUCGCUCAUCUAUCAACGGAAGGGAAUUACAGCGUGGAUCCAUCGUCAACUUCUCUUCCAUCCAGGGCGUUGUUGGUAUUCCACUAUCUACAUCCUAUACAGCUGCCAAGCAUGCCAUCAUCGGCCUCACACGGUCAGCCUCCGAGGACUACGCCAAGGAGGGACUUCGUAUUAACGCCAUCUGCCCGGGAUACACGGAAACACCAAUGACCACCAAGAAUCCUGAGGUGCUCAAAGCAAUGCAAGAGCGAAUCACGACAGCAGUUCCUAUGCAGAGGAUGGGUGCACCCGAGGAGAUUGCGGAUGGCGUUUUGUAUCUUUCUGGAGGACGAAGUUCUUUUGUUACUGGGUCUGCCUUGGUGGUUGAUGGUGGUUAUACCCAAAGGUAA